AUUAAAUUGUAAAAUUUUAUUAAAAUCAAGUUUUUAACAAAGUUUAAUUAAUAAGGCAUUGUUCUUAAGAAUAAAAUUAUGGAGGAGAAAAAAUUUUAUCAAGUAAACAAAAAAGUAAAAAUGUUAGAAGACGAUUUGAAUAAAUUGUCAAAAUGUGAAUUAAUUGAAAAAAUCGUGCAAUUACGAGCACACAAUUCUCAAUUAAAAAAUAUAAUUGAAAAAACCAACCAAACAAAAUUCUUAAACGAGAAAAAUAAUAGGAAAUUUGAUUUUAACAAAUCCUAUAAAAGGCAUGUUUUGCUAAAAUUUUUAUAUUUUGGUUGGGAUUACCAAGGGUUCGCCAGUCAAGAAGAUACUACUGCAACAAUAGAAUUUCAUUUAUUUAGAGCGUUGAUAAAAACAUGCUUAAUUGAAAAUCGUGAAACUUCAAAUUACAAUAGAUGUGGACGCACAGACAAGGAAGUUAGUGCUUUUUGCCAAGUGAUUUCAAUUGAUUUAAGGAGCAAAUUUCCAGAGGAGGAACAAAUGACUAAAGAGAGCUUAGAACAUGAAAUCGACUAUUGUAAUAUGUUAAACAGAGUACUUCCAAAUAAUAUUAAAUGCAUUUCAUGGAUGCCAUUAAAAAAUAAACAUUUUAGUGCUAGAUUCGAUUGUUAUGAAAGAACGUACAAAUAUUUUUUUCCAAAAGGUGAUCUUGAUAUUGAGAGAAUGCGUUCAGGAUGUAAAUUUUUGGUUGGAGUACAUGAUUUUAGAAAUUUGUGCAAAAUGGAUGUAGGGAAUGGAGUUGUUAAUUUUGUUCGGUCAAUUAAAUAUGCAGACAUACAUGCUUGUCAAUCGGAACAUAAAAAAGAUACAGGAUAUAGCAUGUACUAUUUAAAAAUUACAGGAAAAGCUUUUUUAUGGCAUCAAAUACGUUGUAUUAUGUCAAUUUUAAUGUUAAUAGGUGAAAAAAAUGAAGACCCUUCAGUUAUUUCAGAAUUAUUAGAUAUUGAAAAAAAUCCUUGUAAACCACAGUAUGGUGUGGCAAGUGGAAUACCUCUCAAUUUAUAUAAUUGUGAAUUCGAUGUAAAUGGUUUAAAUAAAAAAAUUAAUGAAAAUACUAUAGUUAGUGAUUCUUCGGAAAAAAGUCUCAUUAAUGAAUCGAGCGACACAGAGGAACUUUCCACUGCACAAUGGAUUUAUAAUAAAGAAAAUUUAACUAGAUUGAUACAAACUAUACAGUCGGAGUGGAGUAUUGUUAGCAUAAAAGCCACUAUGAUUAAUGAAAUGUUACAAGAUUUAGAGAGUGCUUAUAAAAGAAAUUUCGGUUCUGAAGCAAUAAAUUUUCAAGCAAAAAAUUUACAACAAGGUGUUAAACAAAAACAAUAUCAAAAAAUUAUGAAUAGAAAACGAUGUGAGAGUCUAGAAAAUCGUGUGGAACAUUACGUUAAAAAGCAACGUUUAAUCACCACAGAAAAUAAAACAAAUUCAAUUGAAUAGUUUUUCUUUAAAUUAAUUUCUAAUUUUAUUAAAAUAUAAUUUUUAGUUUUAUACGAAU